UCCGCAUCAGCAAAAUACCCAAAGAGAGAUUUGCGUUUUGCUUACCUCCAACUCAACUUCACUUGUUUCUCCUCUCUUCUCCUACCCUUUAAAAUUUUUGUGAACGCGACGAUGGCUUUUCGUGUAAUAUUUCGAUCUCCAGCGGUUUUGAAAGGAUAUGAUAAACAGGCUAGACUUUUUCAUGUUUCGCCUCUUAAUUAUGCUGCCCAUAAGGUAGCCAUGAGCAAAUUCGAUAAAGAUUCGCUGAUGCCAUGUGAGAAACUUAAAAAAAAUUUGGAAAUAGUUCGAAAUAGGUUGAAAAGACCACUUACACAAGCUGAGAAAAUUUUAUAUUCUCAUUUAGAUGACCCUCAUAAUCAAGAUAUAGAAAGAGGUACAAGUUAUCUUCGACUAAGACCAGAUAGAGUGGCUAUGCAAGAUGCCACUGCUCAGAUGGCUAUGUUGCAGUUCAUAUCAAGCGGUCUGAAAAAGGUUGCUGUACCCUCUACAAUUCAUUGUGAUCAUUUGAUUGAGGCACAAAUAAGUGGAGACAAAGAUCUUGCUCGUGCAAAGGAUAUAAAUAAAGAAGUUUAUAGGUUUUUAGAAACUGCGGGUGCUAAAUAUGGUGUUGGAUUUUGGAAACCAGGAAGUGGCAUCAUUCAUCAAAUUAUUCUAGAAAAUUAUGCCUUUCCCGGUGUCUUACUGAUUGGUACUGAUAGUCACACUCCCAAUGGAGGUGGCUUGGGUGGGCUCUGUAUAGGAGUUGGUGGAGCUGAUGCAGUUGAUGUUAUGGCUAAUCUUCCUUGGGAGUUGAAGUGUCCUAAUUAUAUUGGAGUGAAAUUGACUGGAAAAUUAACUGGUUGGACAUCACCAAAAGAUGUUAUACUCAAAGUUGCAGGAAUUUUAACUGUAAAAGGUGGCACUGGUGCUAUAGUAGAAUAUACUGGACCAGGCGUUGAUUCAAUAUCUUGCACAGGUAUGGGCACAAUAUGCAACAUGGGUGCUGAAAUCGGAGCAACAACUUCAGUCUUUCCAUAUAAUAAAAGAAUGAGAGAUUAUUUAGUUGCUACAAAAAGGCAAGAAAUUGCUGAAUUGGCUGAUGAAUACCGCGAUCUUUUGACACCAGAUGAAGGAUGUAAAUAUGACAAGGUUAUUGAAAUCAAUCUCGAUGAACUUAAACCACAUGUUAAUGGACCAUUUACUCCUGAUUUGGCUCAUCCGAUUUCGGAGUUGGGUGCUAAUGCUAAGAAAAAUGACUGGCCAUUAGAAGUAAAAGUGGGAUUAAUUGGAAGCUGUACAAACAGCAGCUAUGAAGAUAUGUCUAGAGCUGCAUCUUUAGCAAAACAAGCAUUGGAUCAUGGUAUCAGGUCUAAAUCCAAAUUUAUCGUUACUCCUGGAUCAGAACAGAUAAGAGCUACAAUUGAAAGGGAUGGUCAAGCUCAAAUCUUAAGAGAAUUUGGUGGUGUUGUACUUGCAAAUGCUUGUGGUCCAUGCAUCGGACAAUGGGAUAGGAAAGAUGUUAAAAAAGGAGACAAAAAUACAAUUGUAUCAUCAUAUAACCGUAAUUUUACCGGACGAAAUGAUGCAAAUCCUGCUACACAUGCAUUUGUCACCUCUCCUGAUAUGGUUGUUGCAUUAUCUACAGCUGGAACCUUAGAUUUUGAUCCCCUGAAUGAUGAAUUAACUGGAGCAAAAGGAGAAAAAUUCAGGUUUAAUGAACCUACUGGUGAUGAAUUGCCAUCUCGAGGUUUUGACCCUGGCGAGGACACCUUCCAGGCACCUCCUGAUGACGGAUCUUCUGUGAACAUUGAUGUUGACCCCAAAAGCCAGAGAUUGCAGCUUCUGUCUCCAUUUGACAAAUGGGAUGGAAAAGAUUUAACUGAUAUGCAAGUUCUCAUUAAAGUUAAAGGAAAGUGCACAACUGAUCACAUUAGUGCAGCUGGCCCUUGGCUUAAGUACAGAGGUCAUUUAGAUAACAUAUCUAACAACAUGUUUAUAGGUGCUAUAAAUUCUGAAAAUGGAGAAGCUAACAAUAUCAAAAACAGACUGACUGGAGACUGGGGGUCAGUACCUGAUACAGCUAGAUACUAUAAAUCAAAAGGUGUGAAAUGGGUUGCAAUUGGAGAUGAAAACUAUGGUGAAGGUAGCAGUAGGGAGCAUGCUGCUUUGGAGCCAAGACAUCUUGGUGGCAGGGCUAUUAUUGUGAAGAGUUUUGCCCGUAUCCAUGAAACAAACUUGAAAAAGCAAGGCUUGUUGCCUCUAACUUUCAAUAAUCCAAGUGACUAUGAUAAGAUCCAACCCUCAAGUAAAAUUUCACUAUUGGGACUAAAAGACUUAGCUCCUGGAAAACCUGUGAAGUGUGAAAUCAAACAUGAAGAUGGAAAAACUGAAACUAUUACUCUGAAUCACACAUUGAAUGAAUCACAAAUUGAAUGGUUCAGAGCUGGAAGUGCACUCAAUCGUAUGGCAGAACUGAAGACUCACUAAGAACUUUUUAACAAUUUCCCACCCUUUUUUAAAAAAAGAAGCAGUUUAAUUGUGAUAUGUUGUACAUUAGUUUCAAAUUCUAGGCUUUUGUCUUUCUGUACAAAUCGUAUUUAUUAGUAUUUUUUAUGUAAAUUUGAGAUUGUCUAGUCAAAUCAAAUUUGGCUGAU